CAACAACACAAUGGCCCGGACAGCUCUAGCAGAAAAAGCUCCGAAAGCUUCCGAUCGACCGCUACUGGAAGCAGCACCACAAAAUUGAAGAACCUCCUCCGAAGGCGACCACUGCCAAAAUAUCUCCGAGGCUCCAUUAGAAGACAUGCUGCCGCCGACAUUGAACCCGCACGAGUUGGUCGCGGUAUUUGGAAAGAUCAGCUGUUGAGCGAUCGGUCAUUCCGUACGAUGGCCAUGACGAUGAGCGCUCUUGCACUCGGUAUGAUUAUCCUGAUCGCGUGUAACAUCAAGCAUAUUGUCAACCGCACAAAUGUAGGCUCUACCUCCGUGGGUGGGGAGCCAGAUUCUUGCAAGAGGGUCACGCACACUAACACAGCUUGCCUACUCUUCAUCAACGUAUGCGCGACCAUGGUCCUGGGAAUGAGCAACACUUAUCAGCAAAUUGUCACUUCUCUUAGAAUAAGCGACUUAAGAUAUGCGUUGUCAAAAUUUGGAGACUCUAGAGUAGGAACAAAUUCGCCGUUGAACAUCCGGCAUAAGGAAAAAGGCAAGAAGCGCGCAUGGGCUGCGUGGUUCCUCUUAAUCUUCACAUCGAUGCCAGUACACUUUCUCGCAAACUCCCUCAUAGGCCCUUCAUAUACCCAGGAAUUACCUGAAGUUGUCGAGUUCAACCCUGUGGAUCUACCAGAACUUAACGUCACUUCAAUCAGCGAGUUGAGUGGUGGGCUUUAUUUGAACGGUGAUUUAUCGUUUCCAUGUUGGAGCGCAUUCCGGUACGGGCCUGACGACGACACUACUGCUCACUACCCGAUCCAUUUCGUCGACGUCUCGUCAAUGGACGAUGGUAUCUUUAACGAAUACCAGGAAAACUUCGACAUGUCUUGGCGCAAAAUGAUGGUUCACUAUACCACAGAAAAUUGUACACAAUAUAAUCAGACUGUCAAGAUCGAAGGAGUCAAUGAUCUUGAGACAAAAGAAUUAGUAUUUUCUCAAUAUUCCUAUCCAUCCGCUUAUAGGGCAGGCAAUUGUUCCAUGGGAGAGGAUGUCAUCUGUACGCUACACGAACAAACGGCAUCUAAAUGCCGUCUGAACGUCCGUAUGAGUGCCGCGUUUGUGCUCAUGGGCUGCUUGGUCAUUAAAGCGGUGUAC